AGCCGUAAGAGGGCAGUAAUAUCACUUAUUUGUAAGAGAAAACUAUUAAUUUUUAGUGGGUGUUUCUUUCUUUUGCUGUCCAGACGUGUAAGGUUUUGAUGGAAGAGAUGUCGGGUGAAACUGUGGUGAGCACUGCUGUGCCAGCUGCAGCAACACGUACCACGUCUUUUAAAGGUGCUAGUGCCAGCUCCAAGUAUGUUAAGCUGAAUGUAGGGGGAGCACUGUAUUACACCACCAUGCAAACGCUCACCAAGCAGGACACCAUGCUAAAAGCCAUGUUCAGUGGCAGGAUGGAGGUCCUCACAGAUAGUGAAGGCUGGAUUCUCAUUGACCGGUGCGGGAAACAUUUUGGUACAAUUCUAAAUUAUCUUCGUGAUGGCUCAGUACCUUUACCAGAGAGUCGCCGGGAAAUUGAAGAGCUGUUGGCAGAGGCCAAAUACUACCUUGUACAAGGCCUUGUGGAUGAGUGUCAGGCUGCUCUACAGAACCAGGAGAAACCUGAACCAUUCUGUAAAGUGCCUGUUAUAACAUCUCCAAAAGAAGAACAGCUACUAAUAGCAACAUCUAACAAGCCAGCAGUAAAACUGUUGUACAACAGGAGCAACAACAAGUACUCUUACACCAGCAAUUCGGAUGACAAUAUGUUGAAAAACAUAGAAUUGUUUGACAAGUUAUCUUUAAGAUUUAAUGGAAGAGUCUUGUUUCUAAAAGAUGUCCUUGGAGAUGAAAUUUGUUGCUGGUCCUUCUAUGGACAGGGACGAAAGAUUGCUGAAGUUUGUUGUACCUCCAUUGUGUAUGCCACAGAGAAGAAGCAGACCAAGGUUGAGUUUCCAGAAGCCCGAAUUUAUGAAGAGACCCUGAAUAUCCUACUGUAUGAGGCCCAAGAUGGUCGUGGACCGGAUAAUGCUUUGCUUGAGGCAACAGGAGGUGCAGCAGGUCGCUCCCAUCACUUUGAUGAUGAUGAGGAAAGAGAGCGCAUUGAACGAGUUAGGAGAAUACAUGUCAAACGUCCAGAUGACCGGGCACACCUUCAUCAGUGAAGGGAUGACAGAGACCUCUAUUCACAUUUGUUAAGCAUUCUUGGUAAUGCUGUGAACUCUUAUAGUAAAACUGACUACUAGACUCCAAAGCAGUCAAAGGUCAGGUGUUUGUCAGAACUGCUGCAUUUAUACUUUGAGAUUAAAGGGCAUCUGUCUCAUUGCUGCUGAAUGUUGAGAUUACCCUCUUAUGCUGUAGGAAGCUCUUCCAUGAUGAUCAUCAAGUCUUAAUUAGCCCUAAAGGAAAGUGAAGAACUAGCCAAAGACUAGUGGUGUUUUUUUGUUUAAUGUAGACAGUCUUUCAUUAUCUGGCUGGAAUCCAAGCAUUGUAGUACUACUGAAAUGUUGCUAAAGUCUUUCAGCACGGUUAGACUAGAUAUUUUGUUUUUGUUUAUGGAUUACAGUCCCCCCCCCAAGAUAACUGCAAGUCGUGAAACAGAAUUUGAGACUGAGUCGUAUCCAUUUUCUAAAACGUAUUUUUACAUUUUGUGUUGAACCUGUCCGCCAGCCAUGAUGGCUUAUGCAGAGGCCUACAAAAUAUAUUUAAUUAAAGUUAGGGUAGUAGAUUGCUAAUUUGGCCUGCAGAAGUAUUGUGAUGCAAUAGAAAAUAGAUAAAACCAGUGCCAGUAGGUUUGGGGGGGGGGGGUGAAUUCUGACUCACAUCUCCUCUUUUGGGUCGAUUCAGACUGUACAAGGCCAGAGGAGUACUGAAGGUGAUAUGCAGUUGCAGUUUUUUAAUUCUUUUCCAUUCCAAGUCAAGAACAUUAAAGCACAGACCGUGCAUUAAGAGGGUCCUAAGUUGUAAGGUAAAGCAGUGUAUUCUGACUGAUGUUUAAGUGUUUGAACACAUUAGCUGCCUAUUACUGCUGUUGAAUUUUGUUUAUUUUUUAGACCCGUUUGAUAUGUUGAUUGGCCUUACUACAGUUAAUCAGGCUGCUUUAGAAGUCUUUCUUUACCCAGAGAGCUUUUUAGGAGGGAGAGAUUGAGCUCACUGGCAUGAAAAAUAAAAAAAAUAGUUGGCUCCCACUGUCAUGAGGAUGCUGAGACAUUGGUAAAUAAAUGCUCCAAAGGACUUGUGCAGGUGUUACGGGCUAAGCCCUUGGGAGAUGUUAAGAAGUGAGCUUGUUAGUAGAUGGAGUCUUGAGUUUUGUUUUAUUGAAUCCAGAUAAAACAUUUUUGUAGGAUCUGUUAA